AUGGACGCUGCUGGGACUGGGGCGCUGCUGACGGGCAUUUUUGCCAGGCUGCGGCUCCGGGGCCAAGAUUUUGGGGACCUUCUGAUAUACUCCGGAGACUUCCCCUGGAUAACCUUGGACCCCGAAACAGCUCAUCCGUGUCUUGUCCUUUCAGAUGACUAUACUUGUGUCCAUGAUGGUCAUCUCCGCCGGGAUGUCCUGGACACUCCUAUGCGGUUCAACUACUGUGUAGCGGUGUUGGGCUGCCAGGGUUUCUCCUCAGGGAAACAUUACUGGGAGGUGGAAGUUGGCAACAAGCCAUCUUGGACCUUAGGCCUGGUUAGCAUUUCCAUCAACCGCAAAGGGAAAAUCGCUGCCUCCCCUGGAAACGGAUACUGGGUAAUCCGGCUGCGGAAUGGGAUGGAACUAAUGGCCAAGGACACCCCCCCUCAAAGACUGUGCCCCACCUCUUUUCCCACGAGAAUUGGGGUUUAUCUGGACUAUGAUGGGGGGCUAGUAUCUUUCUGUGAUGCCUCUACCAUGGUUCACCUCUACACUUUUGUGAGCUCUAGGUUCAAAGGGAGGUUGUUCCCUUACUUUUGCCCUGGACUGUACAAUUCAGGGGAGAAUGCAACCCCCUUAAAAAUAUGCCACCUUCCACUAUGGUAAAGAUCCCCCUUUCUGCUAUUCUUCACCCAUGAAUAGAUUGACACACUUGCUUUAUACAAGGAUGAUACCCUGAAUCUUUUGAACUAAACUGAAGGUUCUAAAUCUUCCAUCAUACAUAUAAUUUUUAAAUAUUCAAAUGUGUAUCUUCAGUAGUAAAUACAAACUUACUCCAAAGAACUCCUUCUCUCCAGACAUUCUAUGUUUAUAUAUCAUUUACACAAUAUUUUUAUGUUGAGUUUAAGGGGGAAAACCCUCCCAAGGCUGCAUACAAUUAAAAUACAACACAGUGCAAUGAUAAAAGAAUUAAAAGCCAGUAAAAAUAAGCCACGGACCUGCAGCCCACAAAAUUCCAUAGCUGGAAAAAAAAAAAAGAUCAGCAAGGUAUUUAAGUAUAGAAGGUAUUUAAGAUAGGACUCUAUAAGGUCGGUUGUAUUGUCCCAUGGUUUUACCUGUAUUAUUUUAAAUUAUUUUUUUGUAUUUUAGGUGUAUGCUUCAUGGUUUUAAUGUCGUGAAUAGUUUAAUUGUAUUUUAAUUGUAUAUUUUUGUAUGCUUUUAACCAUAUGUAGUUUUUAUCUGUAAGCCGCCCUAAGUUCCAGCUUUGGAAAAAGGGCGGGGUAAAAAUAAAGAUUCAUUCAUUCAACUCAAAAACAGCAGGUAAGAACAAAGAACAAGUGGAUCUAUGGGGCAUUGCUGGUAGAUCUCCUUCAGUAAAAACAGUACUGUUACUAACUCAUCCCCAGAAAUGGUUAAGCCUAAGGAUAUUCCUGAUAUGUUUAAAGACAGUAGUGAGGUGGCAAAUUCACAAGUGCAGGGUCCCUUCAUGAUAGUCA